AUGAGGACAUAUUCACUCUUCCUGCUUUUCGUGCCUCUAUUAUUUCUCCUCGCGCAUGUUCAAGGGCACUCGAUACGUUCUACGCCAUCACAAAAGGCGUCCCAGCUGGAAUCGAUUGUCAUACAUACGCCGUCUCACCAGAUCGAGCCAGAAUUUGAUAUCACGUUCAGAAUCCGAGGACAGGAUCAUGAGUUGAGGCUAAAGCUAGAGCGCAACCCGUACCUUCUCGCACAUCGCCCUCAAAUCCAGUAUCUUGACACGGAAGGAGUAGUCAAACGGACCGAGACAUUUAUUGAAGAUGACCAGAGCGUUUUCAGAGGUGGAGUCUGGAUUCAAGUCACCGGUCGGAAUUGGGAGAAGGUUGGUUGGGCACGGAUAUACAUCGUUCGUGGUGGGGAUGAUCCUCUGUUUGAAGGCACAUUUAGUGCCUUUUCCCAAUACUAUGACGUAAGGAUAUUAGGGGACACGGCUGAAAAUACUGGUGUAUCUGCCAAAAACCGUUACAUGGUGGCAUAUCACGCUUCGAAGACAGACCUGCGUCGUGAUAUAGAAAAUUCAGCCGAGCCGCCCCGCUGCGCAGCUGACCAGGUGAUGCCCCGUUCCUUCAACCCUCGGGUGAUAGGGGCUGAGGAUGUCUCGGAAGGGCUGCUUCCUGAUACAAUCUCUCCAUUGGAAAGACGUCAGUCAACUCUGACUACAGAUGAUCUGGUUGAUAGCAUCGGCAAUCCCGCUGGCUGUCCUACCAGCCGAAGAGUUGCAUUAGUCGGAAUCGCAACCGACUGUUCGUAUACUUCAUCGUUCGACUCCACGGAAAGCCUCCGUCGAAGCCUUAUCAACAUGGUCAAUGCCGCAUCGGAGGUGUUUGAAAGUAGCUUCAACAUAUCCCUUGCUCUGCACAACUUGACGAUCAGUGACGCAAAUUGUCCCAGUACUGCUUCGGAUUCUGCACCCUGGAACGUUGGAUGCUCCGAAGGAGACAUGAAUUCGCGCUUGCAAGAAUUCUCCUCCUGGCGGUCUUCACUCAGCGACACAGAGAACGCCUAUUGGACGCUGAUGACCGGCUGUCCGUCCGGCUCAGAAGUGGGUAUUUCAUGGAUAGGCCAACUUUGCAGCUCUCAGUCAAGCACCAACGUAGUAGCACAGACCUCCAACCAGUGGCAGGUAUUUGCUCAUGAAUCAGGCCAUACAUUUGGUGCAGUCCACGAUUGCGAUUCGAGCACAUGCUCUUCAAGUACCCAGUGCUGCCCAUUAUCGUCAUCUACGUGUGACGCGGACGCUCAGUAUAUAAUGAAUCCUUACUCAAUGUCCUCUCAAACAGAAUUUUCGCCAUGUACAGUCGGGAAUGUCUGCUCCUUACUCGGGUCCCGGAACAUGAGAACAAGCUGCCUUCUUAGCGAUACGAGCAACGUACCCACCCUUACAGCUGGGGAGUGCGGCAAUGGAAUUGUCGAGGCCGGCGAGGACUGCGACUGCGGUGAUAAUUGUGAUGAUAACAGCUGUUGCGAUGGAUCAACAUGUCGAUUUCGCGAUAAUGCGGUAUGCGACGAUUCCACCGGGCCGUGCUGUACAAACUGCCAAUUUGCAUCGUCCGGCACCGUGUGUCGUGAGAGUACUGGAACUUGCGACAUUCAGGAAACGUGCACCGGAAACUCCAGCGCUUGUCCUACCGACCGAUACGCACCAGACGGACAAACAUGCGGCAACUCAUCCGGCUUAUUUUGCGCCAGCGGACAAUGCACGAACCGAGAUAUGCAAUGUCAACAACUCCUGAACACAAAUAGCACGGGUGUGUCCUCCUGCAAUAAUGAUUCUUGCACCCUCAGUUGCUCAGUUGACUGGUAUGGAUCUGGGGUUUGUAUGGGCAUGAACCGGCAGGUGCAAGAUGGUACUCCCUGUUCUGACGGCCUCUGUCGCGGUGGGAGAUGUCGGUCUGAGAGUGAGAAUAACGGCUCAUGGGUGGACCGUCAUCGCUCGCUGAUCAUUGGACUGUCUGAUGGAAUCGGUGGAGCCUUGGUCCUUGCGGUACUUUUGGGUAUAAUCAUUUGCUGCUGCUGCCGUGGAAAGAAGACUCCCAAGAAGGCCAUUCCACCAGCAAUGCCAGUCACAGGGCAAGUUCCUCGUGUACCUCCUCCAUACUCUCCUGCCAGCCCUACCAGGUCUAUACCGGCACCAAAUUAUCGGUAUGCAUGA